AGAGCAGCCCGCGGUCCUGCCGCGCCAUGGCCUGGUGCGGAGCCCCCCGAGCGGCUCGGCGGCUGCUGCUGCCUCUGCCCCUGCCAUCGCUGCGGUGCGCGGCGGGACGGCGCCGCAUCGCCUCCUGCAUUGACCCAUCCGCUGGGCUCACUGAGGAGCAGAAGGAAUUCCAGAGCGUUGCCCUAGAUUUUGCUGCCAAGGAGAUGGCUCCUCACAUGGCUGAGUGGGAUGAGAAGGAAAUCUUCCCUGUGGACACCAUGCGGAAGGCAGGCCAGCUGGGAUUUGGUGGGAUCUAUGUGAAACCAGACGUCGGUGGCUCUGGAUUGUCACGACUUGAUACCUCCAUAAUCUUUGAAGCGCUCUCAACGGGGUGUACCAGCACCACUGCUUAUAUGAGCAUCCACAACAUGUGUGUUUGGAUGAUCGACACCUUUGGCAGCGAGGAGCAGAGGCGCCGGUUCUGCCCAUCCCUCUGCAGCAUGGAACAGUUUGCUUCUUACUGCCUGACCGAGCCAGGAAGCGGGAGUGAUGCAGCUUCCCUGCUGACCUCAGCUCAGAGGAAAGGGGACUCCUACGUCCUGAAUGGCACCAAGGCCUUCAUCAGCGGAGGCGGGGACACGGAUGUCUACCUGGUGAUGUGUCGCACGGGAGGCCCAGGCCCCAAGGGCAUCUCCUGCCUGUUGCUGGAGAAGGGAACACCAGGGCUCAGCUUUGGGAAGAAAGAGAGGAAGGUGGGCUGGAAUUCCCAGCCAACUCGAGCUGUGAUCUUUGAGGACUGCGUGGUUCCCGUCAGCAACCGGCUGGGAGCCGAAGGGCAGGGCUUCAGCAUCGCCAUGAAGGGCCUCAAUGGAGGCAGGAUAAACAUAGCUUCUUGUUCAUUAGGAGCUGCUCACGCCUCUGUGCUCCUGGCUCAGGAGCAUCUCACCGUGCGCAAGCAGUUUGGGGAGCCCCUGGCCAACAACCAGUACCUGCAGUUCAGGCUGGCAGAGAUGGCCACACGCCUGGUGGCAGCGCGGCUGAUGGUGCGCAACGCGGCGCGGGCGCUGCAGGAGGAGCGGGAGGACGCGCCGGUGCUGUGCUCCAUGGCCAAGCUCUUUGCUACUGAUGCGUGCUUUGAGAUCUGUAACCAGGCUCUGCAGAUGCACGGGGGCUAUGGCUACCUGAAGGACUACGCCGUGCAGCAGUUUGUGCGAGACGUCAGAGUCCACCAGAUCCUGGAAGGUACCAAUGAGGUGAUGCGGAUGAUCGUGGCCAGGAGCCUGCUGCAGGCCUGAAACCAGGAGCUCUUCUCCAGCCUUAAAAUGCCAUUGUGUGUUACACUCACUCUGUUUCCCUCCCCUGUGCACCGGCUCCAUCCCUGGGAGCACGGAGGGGGAUCGAUAUCCCUGUGGAAACAGCCUUUCUGCCUCAUACUGCCUGGAAGCGCACAGCUGGAUGCCCCUCACAUGCUGCCACCCUGUGCCUGGCAGAGCUGCUGUGCCGUGGCUCCUAUUGUGCAGCCUGAGGAUGCCAAUCACAGCGGUGAAUACGAGCCUCCCUCUCCACAUCUCCAUCACGGGCUGCUUGCCACAUAGAGAAACCCCAGCCUCUGCCGAGUCAGGACUGAAAUGGGAACGCCGGGCAGAGGUGCAGCCUUAAUCCCGUGGGAUUUUUACUCUUUAGGUCAAGGGAGCUAUUUGGUCUGCUUUAAAACCUGGCCUCUGGGGACAUAGGGAACAAGUUACCCACAUAACUGCAGCUCUAACCACUUGCAAUGGCUUUUUAACUAUGAAGCAGGAUGCUUCUGGGCUACCUGGAAGCAUUCCUUUUUAUCCCUGCACCCCUUUCCCAAUGGACCGACUGUUUGUUCUCCCUAUUCCUACCACGUAUUGGUGCUUAACCUAAGCGGUACGAACACUAAGGUACUGCAUGGGAACAGUUAACCUGUUGUUCCUAAUCGGUACUCCCUGCCCUGCGCAGCGUAGGGGGAAUAAAUCAGUGAGUUCAGGUGUUUCCCCCCUCCCAUUUGGAAUCAAUAAAGCAGCGAUGUUGAUUUGA